ACGGUCCUUGUCCUCUCACCUCAUCAAACGCGCAAGCGCGGCGCGCCAAUCCCCCCAUCCCCUGCCCGCCCUCCCUGUACUCUGCUCUUGACCAUACUCACUCAGUCGCGUCAGACUUCAUAUACGAACAUACAGCCACGCACGCGCUUAGCGCUUUUUGAACAAGGAUGCAGACCGACGAACUUCCCCCCAAUGUCAUCAUCCGCGCACUUGAGAAGGACCGCGUAGACUUCGUGCUAGAAAAUGUUGACCUCUCAUUUGCCAACUCCUUCCGCCGAGUUAUGAUGGCAGACAUCCCUACCGUCGCCAUCGACCUUGUGGAGUUUGAGACGAACACGACCGUUCUUCCCGAUGAGUUCAUCGCCCAUCGACUCGGCAUGGUGCCUCUCAUAAGCGACAACUGCGAGGAGGGAAUGCGUUAUACAAGAGACUGUACCUGCUUGUCAUGGUGUCAGUACUGCGCGAUCGAGUUGGUAUUGGACGUCAAAUGCACCGAAGACAACAUGUCCAUGGACGUAACGAGCAAGCAUCUAGACGUUCAGAAUGUACAACCCGGACAACCAUCAGGAGCUGAGGGCGACGAGAUGGCGAGCCGGCCCCCACAGUUCGGCUGGCCAGUGACCUAUCGCGAACCGGACGCCGAACCUAUUCUCAUCGCCCGAAUUCGCAAAGGUCAGGCCCUGAAGGUGCGAUGCAUAGCUAAGAAGGGCAUAGCAAAAGAGCACUCGAAGUGGUCGCCUUGCUCGGCUGUGGGCUUCGAGUACGACCCGUACAACAAGCUGAGGCAUACAACGUACUGGUACGAGAAGAGCAUCGAGGAGGAGUGGAUACCGAACCCGGCGAACACGGAGCUGGAGACGAAGCCGCAGCCGGACGAUGUCUUCGACUACAACGCAAAGCCGACCAGGUUCUAUAUCGACGUCGAAACCGAUGGCAGCUUGGGUCCGAAGGAAGUCGUGAUGAGGGGGCUCAACGAAUUGACGAACAAACUGGCAACAGUCGUGCUCAACUUGAAGGAGAAGGACAAUGACGAGGAAGACGGCGGAGGCGUGCAGGGCUUCCAGGCAUCCGCGGUAGGAGCAGCGGGCGGCGCAGCUGGUGGUGGAUGGGGAGGUUCGGCCGGCGGCGGUGGCGGCUGGGGGCAGGCGAGCCCUGCGCGUGGUGCAACUAGUGCCUGGGGCGGGAGCAAUAGCCCAAGCCGACAAGGCGGUGGCGGCGGAUGGGGAGGAGGCUCAGCAAGCCCCAGUCGAGGGUGGGGGAGCAGCGGCAGCGGCUGGGGGAGCCCUUCACAGCAGUCGAACGGAUGGAACGUGUAAUAUCGAGGUGCGAUUCACCCGAUGGGGAUGUGAUUGAUACAGCUGCGGACAUCACUGAUGGACCUGCCCCAUUCGGAAAAAUCGCCGAGACGGGCACUUGGCGAGCUUGGAAAGAUACAGCUCCUUCACAGAACGGUAGUGCACGGCGAGAAACCCCCAUCUGCGAAGUAUCGUGUGAAGCGGGUCAGAGUGGCCCGAGCCAUUGGAGGUACCGUAUGUUAGGCCACCUAGGGACCCUUCGCACGCUUCAUGACGAGCUGGUGGAAGGGCCCACAAAACGGGUAUGUAGACGGGGGUUUUCAAUGGCGCUCUACCGUUCUGUGAGGCUUUCACGGUUGUCUGAGCUCGCGAAGUGCCCGCCUCGGCGAUAUCCCCAAAUGGGGCAGGUCCAUCAGUGAUGUCCGCAGCUGUA